AUGGUAUAUUCCCAGAGACGAAGUCCAGACGCCCCGCGCCUGCUGCUCUCGCUUCUGCUUGUCGCAGCCUGGGAGACAGGGAGCGGCCAGCUCCACUACUCGGUCUCCGAGGAGGCCAAACACGGCACCUUCGUGGGCCGCAUCGCCCAGGACCUGGGGCUGGAGCUGGCGGAGCUGGUGCCGCGCCUGUUCCGGGUGGCGUCCAAGGGCCGCGGGGACCUUCUGGAGGUAAAUCUGCAGAAUGGCAUUUUGUUUGUGAAUUCUCGGAUCGACCGCGAGCAGCUGUGCGGGCGGAGCCUGGAGUGCAGCAUCCACCUGGAGGUGGUCGUGGACAGGCCGCUGCAGGUUUUCCAUGUGGAGGUGGACGUGAAGGACAUUAACGACAACCCGCCCAGAUUCUUCCGACACGAACAAAAAUUGUUUAUUUUAGAGUCAAGAAUAGCGGAUUCUCGGUUUCCACUAGAGGGCGCUUCUGAUAAGGAUAUUGAAGCAAACGCAGAAUUGAGAUACAAGUUAAAUUCCAAUGAACACUUUGAGUUGGAUAUUAAAACAAAUGAAGGAACAAACUCUUUGGAGCUAGUGUUGAAAAAAACAGUAGAUAGAGAAGAAACCGAAGAACAUCGUUUAUUGUUGAUUGCAAUCGAUGGAGGAAAACCGGAAUUAACAGGUACAGUUCAGUUGUUGAUCAAAGUAUUGGAUGCAAAUGAUAAUGCCCCAGAAUUUGAUAAAUCCAUUUAUAAUGUCAGAUUAAUGGAAAAUACUCCGAAUGGGACAUUAGUUAUUAAACUGAACGCCUCAGACGCAGAUGAGGGCAUUAAUAAGGAAAUAGUGUACCGCUUUAGUAACCUUGUUCUUGACAAUGUAAAAUCUAAAUUUAUAAUCAAUUCUAAUAGUGGGGAAAUAACAGUUAAUGGAGAACUGGAUUACGAAAACUGUAACUUAUAUGAAAUUAAUAUUGAUGCUGUAGAUAAAAGUACAUUCCCAUUAACUGGACACUGCAAAGUGAUAGUGAAACUUCUGGAUGAGAACGAUAAUACCCCAGAGAUGGUCAUAACCUCCCUAUCACUGCCUGUCCAAGAGGACGCUCCGCUGGGUACAGUCAUGGCCCUGAUCAGUCUGUCGGACAGCGACUCCGGUGCCAAUGGGCAGGUGACCUGCACCCUGUCGCCCCACGUCCCCUUCAAGCUGGUGUCCACCUUCAAGAAUUACUACUCGCUGGUGCUGGACAGCGCCCUGGACCGCGAGAGCGUGGCGACCUACGAGCUGCUGGUGACAGCGCGGGACGGGGGCUCGCCUCCGCUGUCGGCCACCGCCAGCGUGUCCGUGCAGGUGGCCGACGUGAACGACAACGCGCCGGCGUUCGCGCAGCCCGAGUACACGGUGUUCGUGAGGGAGAACAACCCGCCGGGCCGCCACAUCUUCACGGUGUCGGCGCGCGACGCGGACGCGCAGGAGAACGCGCGGGUGUCCUACUCGCUGGUGGAGCGGCGCGUGGGAGAGCGCGCGCUGUCGAGCUACGUGUCGGUGCACGCGGAGAGCGGCAGGGUGUACGCGCUGCAGCCGCUGGACCACGAGGAGCUGGAGCUGCUGCAGGUCCAGGUGAGCGCGCGCGACGCGGGCGUGCCGCCUCUGGGCAGCAACGUGACGCUGCAGGUGUUCGUGCUGGACGAGAACGACAACGCGCCCGUGCUGCUGCCGCCUGGGGCGGGCGGCGGGGGCGGCGCGACGAGCCAGCUGGUGUCGCGGUCUGUGGGCGCGGGCCACGUGGUGGCCAAGGUGCGCGCGGUGGACGCGGACUCGGGCUACAACGCGUGGCUGUCGUUCGAGCUGCAGGCGGCGGCGGGGGCCGCGCGCAGCCCGUUCCGCGUGGGGCUGUACACGGGCGAGGUGAGCACGACGCGCGCGCUGGACGAGGCGGACGCGCCGCGCCAGCGCCUGCUGGUGCUGGUGAAGGACCACGGCGAGCCGGCGCUGACGGCCACGGCCACCGUGCUGCUGUCGCUGGUGGAGAGCGGCCAGGCGCCCAGGGCGUCGUCGCGGGCGUCGGCGGGCGCCCGGAGCACGGAGGCGGCGCUGGUGGACGUCAACGCGUACCUGGUCAUCGGCAUCUGCGCGGUGUCCAGCCUGCUGGUGCUCACGCUGCUGCUGUACACGGCGCUGCGGUGCUCGGCGCCGCGCCGCGAGGGCGCGUGCGGGCCGGGGCGGCCCCCGCUGGUGUGCUCCAGCGCGGUGGGGAGCUGGUCGUGCUCGCAGCAGAGGCGGCAGCGGGUGUGCUCUGGGGAGGGGCCGCCCAAGGCCGACCUCAUGGCCUUCAGCCCCAGCCUACCUCAGGGUUCCAGCUCUGCAGACAUCGUGAGUGGCAAAAAUCUUAUUCAUACUAAUUUUUCGUCAUAA